AUGCUGACGCGGUUUCCAGAUGAGUACGACGAUGCUGCAAAUCACACCAGGUCGGGCAACACGGAGCAGUACUUCAAUCGUGGCUGGUGUUUCUGCGAGUCCUCCGGGGCGAUGCUGACGAAGAGUUGUUUAUCCCUCGUGGACCUCGGCCGAUCCACCAGAGCGGAGACCUGCUACUUUUGUGACUGGGGCUGUGCGCGCUCGCUGGUGACGACCUGCGCGGCGGGGCGCCGGGCGCCCGUCCUGCCCAACGCCUUCAACAUGCAGCUGCAGAGCAAGGGGUUCACCAACGGCAAGGACGACUGGCCCCGGGUCGCCGAGCUCUACCGCCUUGCCUUCGCGCAGCGCUUCGAGGCCACGGAGAAGCUGAACUACGAGGGCCUGCAGUGGGGGGACGAGGAGGCGCAGCAGCUGGCCGCCGUUCUCGCCUCGGGCGCCGCGCCCCGGCUGCGGGAGCUCUGCCUCGAAGGCAACCGCGUGGGCGACGAGGGCGCCGCGCGGCUGGCGGAGGCCCUGCGCUCCCCGGGCGCGCUGCCCCAGCUGCAGGUGCUCUACCUCAGCGCAAACCGCGUGGGCGACGAGGAGGCCCUUCGCGCCCCGGACGCGCUGCACCAGCUGCGAAAGGUCUCCCUCGGCAACAACCGCGUGGGCGACGAGGGCGCCGCGCGGCUGGCGGAGGCCCUGCGCGCCCCGGGCGCGCUGCCCCAGUUGCAGGCCUGGGGCAACCCGCUCGACGGGCCAGGCUGGGCGGCGCUGCGCGCCGCGUGGGCGGAGGCCGGGCGGCCGGGCGGCCUGUGGCUCGACUGA